AUGUCAGUUGAUAAAUCAUGGAUGAAGUUAAACCGGUCAGAUAUAAGGUAUUUUGAUGGAGUCACAAAUUUCAUCGAUUACGCUACUAGGCAUGUCAAAGAUAGGGAUGGAAAAAUGUAUUGUCCAUGCCGAAGUUGUCUAAACCAAGAUAGAGAAUUGCCAGCAACAAUACAGAAUCAUCUUUUGUACAGGGGUAUUAAGCAAGACUAUAUAGUAUGGCGUAAACAUGGGGAGAAGGUGGUUAAUGAUAGUGGUAGCAGUGGUAAUAGUCACAAUCAUAUUGAUGGUAAUGUGGCUGACCAUUUUGAUCAAUGUGAUAAUAUGCAAGAACUGAUAGAAGAAUGUAUCCAACAAGAUCCCAAUGGAGAUGCGCAGAUGUUUUACAAAUUGUUGGAGGAAUCAGAAGUGCCAUUGUAUCCUGAGUGCAAGAAAUAUUCCAACUUGUCAUUUAUUGUCAACUUGAUGCACAUCAAGAGUACUGGUAAUAUGAGCAACAAGGCAUUUGACCAGUUAUUGGAAUUGUUGAAAAAUGCAUUCCCCAUGUGUGAAAAAUUGCCAACAUCAAACUAUGGAGCAAAGAAGAUUGUAAAAGAGCUUGGACUUCAUUAUGAGAGGAUUGACGCCUGCAAAAAUGAUUGUGUAAUAUAUUACAAGGAGCUUGGAGAUGCAUCUGAAUGUCCUACAUGCAAGCUUUCAAGGUGGAAGACACAACGCACUACCAUAAAAAAAAAGGGAAAAAAAGUUAAAAAGAUUCCGUGGAAAGUUUUGCGAUAUUUUCCACUCACACCUAGACUUCAACGACUAUUUAUGUCAUCUAAGACAGCUCCAGAUAUGAGGUGGCAUUUUGAAGACCGUGUCAAAGAUGGUGUUUUAAGGCAUCCAGCAGAUGCGGAGGCUUGGAAAACUUUCGAUCAAAUUCAUCCAUCAUUCGGCAAUGAGCAUCGAAAUGUAAGGCUUGGUUUGGCGACUGACGGAUUCAACCCUUUUGGAAAUAUGAGUGUUAGUCAUAGUACUUGGCCAGUUUUGCUAUUUCCGUACAACCUUCCACCAUGGAUGUGCAUGAAAGAGCCUUACAUCUUCUUAUCUUUACUCAUACCAGGACCGAAGAGUCCUGGCAAUGAUAUUGAUGUUUACCUGAGACCGUUGAUCGAUGAGUUGAACACUUUGUGGGAAUAUGGUGCAGAAACGUAUGACAUUUCUACAAAACAAAAUUUUCAAAUGAGAGCUGCGGUCAUGUGGACAAUCAAUGAUUUUCCUGCAUAUGGUUACAUGUCUGGUUGGAGUACACAGGGAAAAUUGGCAUGUCCAUGUUGUGCGUCAGAGACUUCUAGUCGUAGAUUACAACACGGCUCAAAACAAUGUUAUAUGAGGCACCGUCGAUUUUUAGCACCAGAUCAUGAAUGGCGUAAACAACGGGAACCUUUUGAUAAUACAAGGGAAGAGAAAUGUGCACCAAGAAGACAAUCUGGUGGGGAAAUUGUAGAUGAACUUCAGGGUUUGAAGACAGUUGCACAUGGAAAGAAUAAGAAAACCCAAAUUAUCCCUGGAUUUGGAACGACUCACAAUUGGAAAAAGAGUAGUAUAUUUUUCCAAUUGCCUUACUGGAAGACACUAUUGUUGCGCCAUAAUUUAGAUGUGAUGCAUAUCGAAAAAAAUAUUUUCGAUAAUGUGGUUGGCACAAUAAUGAACAUUGAUGGUAAAACAAAAGAUUCUUUAAAUGCUCGUCUUGAUCUCCAAGCUAUGGAUAUAAGGAAAGCUUACUGGCCUAGAGAGGAGGAUGGCAAACUAGUUUAUGAUCCGGCACCUUUUGAAUUGUCUGCUGUUGAUAUCAAAGCUAUAUGUGAAUGGUUACUGAACUUGAAAGUUCCUGAUGGAUAUUGUUCAAAUGUAUCUCGUUGGAUCAAUGCUAAACGACGCAGUAUUUCUGGCAUGAAGAGUCAUGAUUGCCAUGUUUUCUUAGAGAGACUACUUCCGCUUGUGGUGCGAGAGUUACUGCCCAAAAAACCUUGUGAAGCAUUGAUUGAGCUUUCUUACUUUUUCAGAGAAUUGUGUGCUAAAGUACUGAGGGUCUCGGAUUUGGAACUUCUGGAAAAGAAAAUUGCCAUAACUCUAUGCAAGUUGGAAAUGAUAUUUCCUCCUGCAUUUUUUGACAUCAUGGUUCAUUUGUCAAUUCACUUGGCGUGGGAAGCAAAAGUAUGUGGGCCUGUGCAGUAUAGAUGGAUGUAUCCCAUUGAAAGGUACUUGCAUAAGUUAAAUACUUAUGUUCGUAAUAAAGCCUGUCCAGAAGGUUCUAUUGCCGAAGGUUAUUUGGCAGAAGAGUGUAUCACAUUUUGUUCACGAUAUUUAUGUCAAGUUGAGACUAAAUUUAACCGAGUAGAAAGAAACUAUGAUGGAGGUCAACCAUUGCAAGACAAGACUCAAUUAUCUAUCUUCUCACUUCCGGGUAAAACUAUUGGCACAGGUGUAUUGACAGUAAUGACUGAAGAGCUUCAUCAUGCUGCCACCCAUUAUGUCCUGACAAAUUGUGAUGAGUGUUUGCCUUUUAUUGAAGAACAUAAGGACAUUCUUCGUAUACAACAUGGUGAUGAUCGGGUGGAUGAGUUGCACAAAAAAAAUUUUGUGGAAUGGUUUUCUAAGAAGAUCCAACAAUUGUAUGUAGAUGGAAAAGUGAGCGCUCAAAUGCGUUCUUUGGCCCAAAGUCCUGGAAAGCAAGCUGUCUACUACAAAGGUUACAAUAUCCAUGGAUUUCGGUUCCAUACUGUACAACAUGAUGUGACGAAGAAAACACAAAAUAGCGGAGUUAUGGUCAAAGGAGAGAACCAAAUUAAUUGUGUGCCUUGGUAUGGAACCCUUACAGACGUCGUUGAGCUCUGGUAUACAGAUCACAAUAAAGUUGUCUCGUUUCACUGUAAUUGGUUUGACACAGCUACCAAAGGCAAAGGUUAUAAGGAAGAUCGUUAUGGCAUACUAAGUGUCAACAAUAAGGGUAAGUUGAAUACCCAAGAGCCAUUUGUGCUGGCAUCCCAAGCAACCCAGGUUUAUUAUGUUGAAGGAAUAAAAAACAGUGCUUGGAGUGUCGUGGUGGAAACCAAACCCAGAAACGUUUUUGAAAUGCCUACUAAUGAAGAGGAACCGUAUCAAGAAGAAGAAUCUCAGACGAGUCACACAUAUGCAAACCGUAACGAGGAAGAAGUUAAUGAAGAAUGA